CUUUUGUUCGGCUCAAACAAACUGACCACGGCUUGUCUGGCUAUCAUAAAAGAGAUGGAAAACCUCAGCCAGCAGUUGGAUUUUGUUGGCUCAGAAGACGCUGAGGCUGACGCAAACGGUGAGACGAUUGAGACUGACUUUGCACAACGAAUUGCGCAUAACAUGAAAAAACUAGACAAAAUCAACGACCGAGCGGACCAAGUUGCCACGAAUCUGCGAAACCUACCCGAAAGAUGGUUGGACUUUGAUGCAAAGCUCGAAAAAUUGACUGGAUGGACCUCUGAAUUGGAAAUGCUGUCUAAACAAUUGCAUGUCAACCCGGACGAAGUGAUCUCACCGGACGACGAAGUCACAGCCGCCAAACUUGCCACUGAAUAUCGGUCGCGGCUCUCGAGACUUGAGGAGUUAGCUGAAACAGCCACAGAACAGGCUAAUUUGGCAGACCGUCUGAGCCGUAUGCUGUCUGAGCUCUCGCAAGAUGGCGGACUGACGGCGGAGGAAAUUGCUGCAAAGAGAGCUGCAUUAGCUCGUGCGCUCGGUUGUCUUAAGGACCUGAGGAGCGAACUCCCCGAUAUGCUUGAACGAGGUUAG